ACCCUCUAUACUGGUCCCUGAAACCUAGAUAUUCGGACUUCGGUCCGGCUACCUCGCAACUGCUUCAGCCCCGCGAUAUUGCAGGGGAGCUUCAGCAUCGUGGUGUGAUAGUGCUAACGUCACAUAUACCGAAGCUAGACCCUACUGUCAAGAUUGCAUCUCAUCUCUUGCUGUAGUGUUUCUUUCUGUCCCACACAAAUCCUCCAUAUCGAUACAAUGCCCGAACCAAUUUCUUCAUCAGCGGGAAGGAAUAUGAAUGAGCGCAGGCUUUCUCGUGCUGGGGAGCAGCAUGGCGCGAACCAGGAACGAAAACUUCGAUCGGCAUGCGACGCCUGCCAUAGUGCGAAAAUACGCUGCUCGGGCGGUGCUGUACCGUGUACAAGAUGUGAAAGAGAUGGCGUGCAAUGCCACUACAGCUUCCGCGCGAACCUUGGAAAGCCAAAAGGAAGCUUGAACAAGAAGACUUUGGAGCGGCUACGAAGGAAUGCCGAGCAGCAGGCUGCUUUAGAUCCAGCACCAGGACAUGCGAGAGCGCAGUCCAUCUCGAACUCGCCAAGUCAUAACAGCUACGAACGGAACCAGCAGUUUCCGGAAAGCACUGGCAGUAUGAGCAUGCAGCGGACCAUGUCUGCGUGCGAUCCAAUCUCCACAUUGUCGAUGCCUCCGCAGCAGCCGUCUACUCCUCUUUCUCCUGCGAACUUGGACGAUAUCAUGGGACUCGGAAAUAACUCAUUGAGCGACAAUUCUGGCUUCUCCAACUUGUCGAUGUUUGACGAUAGCAUGCCGGAUUUCCACGAUUCGAUUGACGUGAUGCACCCCUUCUCCCCAAAAUUCCCCUCAAGAGCGCCCACUCCACCAAGAUUGCACUCAUACACCUCUGUCCAGUCCAUUCGACCGACCAGCUGCGAGUCUUCUUCCGACGACUCGUCAGACUCCGAAUCAGACGAAUGCAAAAAGCUCGAGGCCUUUACUCUCUUCGCAUCCGCGUGUACACGAAAAGCCCAGCCUUCCGUCCCACCGCUCUACAUGUCCCGUCACGACAGCUUUGCCUCUAAUUGGGGCGCACAAGACUCUUACAACCCGAUGCCCUCACCCACAACCACCGACUCGCAAUCUUCACGUUCCCAUACGCGCGUCGGCUCGCUAUCUUGUGCAUGCGCCUGCUUUCAGACGCUCACAGAGCAGCUAUGCCAAAUACGAGUCGCAGAAACGCAGCAGACAAGUCCUUAUAGAGCUGCGGCCGGCAUCGAUACCACCCUCCACCGCACCACCUCGACUUUGACCUCGGUCUCCGCAUUCCUCUCUUGCCCUGUUUGUUCCACCGAUUUGCACGUCUUCUCAAUCGCGUCUAUGCUGCUCUCGACGACGCUCACACUUAGCGAGGCGCUGGUGACGCCAGGGCCGCAGCUUGACAUCCGCAUAGGCAACUAUGCAGCGUCAGGGGCGCUCGGCGAGGUGGUCAAAACGGUGCUUGUGAGUACAGAGCUAGGGAAGCUGAAAGAGUUGCUGGCGGUGUACGGGCGUAAGGUGGACUGCCUGCAGGGCGAGGCGGCGCAUGUUGAUUUCCUGCGGUUUCAGGCGCGGAAUCUGGAUCGCGAGUUGAGGCAGAUGACGAAGAGGGUGGCGGUGCCUGAUUUGAGGGCGAUAGCGAGGCGAUGAGAUUUCAUUCAAGCUGCUCGGAACUCUGUGAUCAUUGGUGUUUGGUGUUCGAUGUUUGACCAGGUACCUGGCGUUGCAUGGAUAUAUUUUCGUCUGCGAUUUUGAGAUUGGCUAAGAUCAGCGUUGCUGGAUCAUGAAUACCCGUUCCAUUUACUAUGUUAGUUAGCAUGACACUCAACUUUUUGACAGUAAUCAAGCAUUGCGUGCGAAG